CUUUGUGGGGGAAAGGGGCGGAGUUUCCUUGGGCGGGAAAGGAGAGUAGACACAAAGAGAGAAGGAGGAAGGCGCCUCAGGAAAGGGAAAUGAGCAUCGAGUGGAGCCACAUCUGCUGUGGUGAGAAAGAAACCGGAAUCUAGUGGCUAUUGAGGAAUUUGGAAACGAAGAGUGCAGUCAGAGAACCAAUGGUGAAGGAAGAAGGAAUCCUCUUAAAGUGCUGAUCUUGCAGAACUCUUGGCCUCAUUCACAGAUCCAAAGGGAAAAAAGAAGAGUCAAGUGUCUAUCGUUCGGUAAAAAAUAAAUAUCACUCUCAAGAUGGGGAAGAAACUCUAUAAAUGUUCUGAAUGUGGGAAGAGCUUUCAAUACACGCGCCUUCUGCAGCAACAUGAAGUAACUCACACUGGGGAGAAACCCUACACGUGCUUGGAAUGCGGAAAGAGCUUUGCUUGGAGUAAAACUCUGUGUUUACAUCAAAGGACCCACACUGGGGAGAAACCCUACACGUGCCUGGAGUGUGGGAAGAGCUUUUUGCGGAGAGAAAAUCUGCAGAAACAUGAGAAAACUCACACUGGGGAGAAACCUUAUACAUGCAUGGAGUGUGGGAAGAGAUUUACUUUCUGUGCAAGUCUGAGUACACAUCUAAGGAUCCACACUGGGGAGAAACCUUAUACAUGCAUGGAGUGUGGGAAGAGCUUCACUCAGAGUUCAAAUUUACGUGUACAUCAACGAAGUCACACUGGAGAGAAACCCCACACAUGCUUGGAGUGUGGGAAGAGCUUCCUUCAGAGAGGUCAUCUACGUAGGCAUCAAAGAACUCACACUGGGGAGAAACCCUGUACAUGUCUGGAGUGUGGGAAAAGCUUCUCUCAUAAUUGGUCUUUACGUUCACAUCAAAGAACUCACUCAGGAGUUCCACACUCCUAUCCAUGCACUGAGUGUGGUAAAAGCUUCACUGCGAAUGCAAGCCUACGUUUACACCAAAGGUUGCACACUGGGGAGAAACCCUAUCAAUGCCUGGAGUGUGGAAAGAGCUUCGCGCGGAGUGGAAAUCUGCGUUCCCAUCAAAAGACCCACACUGGGGAGAAACCCUAUACUUGUGUGGAGUGUGGGAAAAGCUUUGCUGGGAGUACAGGUCUGCGUUCACAUCAAAAGCUUCACACUGGGGAGAAAUCGUUUAAAUGCCUGGAGUGUGGAAAGAGCUUUGCGCAUAGUUCACAACUACGUUCACAUCAAAGGACUCACACUGGAGAGAAACGCUAUCGAUGCCUGGAGUGUGGAAAGAGUUUCACUCACAGUACAGGUUUACGCGCACAUCAAAGAUACCACACUGGGGAGAAACCCUACACAUGUGCUGAAUGUGGGAAGAGCUAUAGUCGAAUGGACGCUCUGCAGCACCAUGAAAAAUCUCACACUGGGGAGAAGCCCUAUACAUGCCUGGAGUGUGGAAAGAGCUUUGCUCAAAAGGGGACCCUGUCUGAACAUCAAAGCAUUCACACUGGGGAGAAGCCCUAUACAUGCCCGGAGUGUGGAAAGAGCUUUGCUCAAAAGGGGACCCUGUCCGCACAUCAAAGGAGCCACACUGGGGAGAAGCCCUAUACGUGCCUGGAGUGUGGGAAGAGCUUUGCGCAAGCGGGAAACCUACUUAGUCAUCAAAGGACUCACUCUGAGGAGAAACCGUACACAUGCCUGGAGUGUGGAAGGGGGUUCAAUGCUAAUGGGAGUCUGCGUAGACAUCAAAGGACCCAUACUGGGGAGAAGCCCUAUCCAUGCCUGGAGUGUGGGAAGAGCUUCGCCGUGAGUGGGACUUUGCGUGCACAUCAACAGACUCACGCUGGAGAGAAACCCCAUACAUGUGGGGAGUGUGGGAAGAGCUUUGCGCUACGUUCAUAUCUAUGUAGACAUCAAAGCACUCACCUUGGGGAUAAACCAUAAACUGGUCGCCCUACGUUGGAAACAGAAUCCAUUCGGAGGCUUCUCUUAUGUCCCCGCAUGAGGAGCUGGAGCUGAUAGAGGGAGCUCAUCCGCCUCUCCCCGGAUUCAAACCUGCGACCUGUCGGUCUUCAGUCCUACCGGCACAGAGGUUUAACCCACUGCGCCACCCACUUAUUCACCUGCACACCUUCGGUGCAACAAGGGUCUUUGGACCAUAAUAAGAUGAUCUUGCUGUUGUUGUUUAUGGCAAUGACAACUAGCUUUUGUAAAUAUCGUUGGUUUUAUUAUUGUUCUGUUAGGCACUGUUGUUCUAAGACAUUGUGUCUGUUAUUUUCGAAAUGUAUUUUGAGUUAGUGUUCUGUGAUGUCGGAAUGGCAUCGAAAGGUGGUGAGGGGGAGAGGGUGGGACGUAAAGCAACGGAAAUGGAAGGAAUCAAUGCCUUCUUGGCCCAGAGGCAGCGCGCCCACCGAGAGCCCGGCCGAGAUCCGGCAUGACCGGCGACGACGCUGCAGAAGAUCCACAAGCAAGAAACCGAAACAUAGAUUUGCUUCCGACAGUUUAAUACAUUUUAUUAAAGCAUAUCCCGUUCUGG